AUGCUUGCAGCCCGUGCUGGGGGGACAGUAAGGAGCAAAACUCCAGAGCUGAGGACCCUUCCGGUGCUUCCCAGGGUCUCCUCAGAAAAGGACAACAGGCACACCCUCUUUGCACAGAUGCAGCAAAAGGCCCGGCGGCUGGCCCUUCUGCGGGAACUGGAAAUGAACUGGUACCUAAAGAUGUGCGAAUUGUCCUAUGAGCAUACAGUAGCCUAUGCAAGCGGCAUGCCCCACAGAAACCUUGGAAAAUCUGGAUUAAGAGUAUCGUGUUUGGGACUUGGGACAUGGGUCACAUUUGGAGGACAAAUUUCAGAUGAGGUUGCUGAGCAGCUAAUGACGAUUGCGUAUGAGAGUGGAGUAAACCUGUUUGACACGGCAGAGGUGUAUGCAGCUGGAAAGGCCGAGAUGAUUUUGGGAAACAUCAUAAAAAAGAAAGGCUGGAGGAGGUCGAGUCUGGUGAUUACAACAAAGCUCUACUGGGGAGGAAAAGCUGAAACAGAAAGAGGACUUUCAAGAAAACACAUUAUUGAAGGAUUGAAAGCCUCUCUCCAGAGGCUGCAGCUUGAGUAUGUGGACGUCGUCUUUGCAAAUCGACCAGACAAUAACACCCCGAUGGAAGAAAUUGUCCGAGCAAUGACGCAUGUCAUCAAUCAGGGCAUGGCAAUGUACUGGGGAACCUCUCGCUGGAGUGCCAUGGAGAUCAUGGAAGCCUAUUCUGUAGCAAGACAGUUUAAUAUGAUUCCACCGGUGUGUGAACAAGCCGAAUACCACCUUUUCCAAAGGGAAAAAGUAGAAGUUCAAUUGCCCGAAUUGUAUCACAAGAUAGGUGUCGGCGCAAUGACAUGGUCUCCGCUUGCCUGUGGAAUAAUCUCAGGGAAAUACGCCAAUGGAAUCCCUGAAAGCUCAAGAGCUUCCCUGAAGUGCUAUCAGUGGCUGAAGGAGAAGAUUGUGAGUGAGGAAGGGAGAAAGCAGCAAACAAAGCUGAAAGAUCUCUUCCCAAUUGCUGAACGCCUUGGAUGUACACUGCCUCAGCUAGCAGUGGCAUGGUGUCUACGUAAUGAAGGUGUAAGUUCUGUUCUCCUUGGAUCUUCCAAUCCAGAGCAACUAAUAGAGAAUCUUGGUGCCAUACAGGUUCUUCCGAAGAUGACUUCCCACAUUGUGAACGAGAUUGAUAAUAUUUUGGGGAACAAGCCUUACAGCAAGAAGGACUACAGAUCCUAA